AUGGGCAGGUUGCAAGCCUCUAGUCCCAUGAGUUUCUGGGAGAACUUUCGUUCUCCCGGUGUGGACAUGCUUUUGGCCGGACCGACGUGCGGGAUACAAGGAUGUCAUGAGUCAGUCCUGGCUCAGCAGAAACAGGGAGUCCAUCCCCUGAAUCCACCUGCGUCUCUGGGCAAGCGCAAGUCUGGAGUUGCGAUGACAUUUUGUGGUAGUCAAACUGACUCUAAUGAUGUUCAACCAGUGGGCAAUGGAAACUUAACAUUGUCUGAUUAUCUGCAUUUCUUUGAGGUAUUACCCCUCCGAACGUCCUACAAUUCGCGUCACCUCCUCCCAGGGACUAACUACUGUACAUGUAAGUACUUUGAGAAACAAGUGAUGAAGCGGAAGAAUCGGAUGACAUGUGCCCAUUUCUUGGCAGCUUGGCUCUCACUUUGCUUCAACUCUUGCACAAGCACAACAGUGAAGGAAAGAACCGUCGCCUUGAUUGCUCAGCAAAUGAUGUGCAGAUCGCAAGAAUUCUUCUGA